UACAACUAGUUCUGGUGGCUGAUUAAAGCUAGCCGAGCCACAAUCAAUACGCCAGGAGAGAGGUCCACCGGCACCAUCCCUCGACUCGCAAAGCGUUCGUCUACCCUGACUUGGGACCUGUUUUCUCUGGCGGAGGAUUUCUUCAGGUCCUUCGGAUAAAGAAUGUUGUGAUUUGGACGCUUAAAUUGUUUUGAAUUGAAGGAGCUACCUCUAACUAUAUUUUAUUCGUUAUACCAAAGGCUGCGGACGUAGUCCUUCCGAACUCAGGUCUAUGCGGUCACAAUGGUGCUACAUCCAGGUAUGACGUCACGAGAACAUGUAUAGGGAAGGCCCAUAUUUGGGGACUAGUGUACACCGGAAGUGAAACUCAGGGAAGUAACUGUUAUGGACCGGAAGUGACGUAAGUGAAAGGAAGUGAACAUUGUAAAGUACUACUCCGUCAUCAUAUUCUUAAAUUCGGAGUGCGUCUGCGUCGCCAUGUUGCUGUGCUAGUAUCGUCUGUGAAGACAACCAUUGGAGGAUAUAUUACAGUGUAAGAAUUUGGGAUUUUGUUCCGAAAUAACUGUUGGAAUAAUAUUGGUGCAAGAUGUCGGAUCAAGAACUGGAUCCAGGCAUAGAGAUGGACCGCCUCGCUCUGCCAAAUCUGAAUAAGGAAGUCCCGGAGCCUAGCAACGAUCCUCGAUUGUCCCUCACCGCAUCAACACCAUCUUACGGAAGUACGCUCAGUAUUGGACCAAUAGCAUCCACUGCAAAUCUUCUGCGCAUUGAUCUCGAGCAAAAGAUAAGCCGCCAUACUGGCGAGGAACGGGAAUUGUGGGAUAACCGGUUUCAGUUUAUGCUGUCGCUGAUUGGUUACGCUGUUGGACUUGGCAACGUAUGGAGAUUCCCGUACCUAACACAGAAAAAUGGAGGAGGGGCGUUUCUGGUGCCAUACGCCAUUAUGCUGGCCAUAGAGGGUAUACCACUCUUCUUCCUGGAACUUGCGAUCGGUCAGCGUCUGAGGAAAGGAGCCGUUGGAGCAUGGAGCCAGGUAUCCCCCUACCUGGGGGGCCUUGGCAUCGCCUCUGCAGUGGUGUCCUUCAACGUAGCCCUCUACUACAACACCAUCAUGGCAUGGUGCCUCAUCUACCUCGGCCAGAGCUUUCAGAGUCCUCUCCCCUGGGCCUCAUGCCCCCAUCGGGUGGAGGGUAACAGCACAGUUAUUCUGGAUCCGGAAUGUGAGAAAAGCAGCCCCACCACGUACUUCUGGUACCGCGAGACGCUGAACACUGCCCCCACCGUGGAGUCCCCACCCCACCUCAACUGGAAGAUGUGUGUCGGCCUCGUGGCGGCGUGGAUCAUUGUCUACUGCUGCAUCAUUAAGGGGAUCAAGUCCUCCGGAAAGGUGGUGUACGUGACGGCGACGUUCCCCUAUCUCGUGCUCAUCAUCUUCUUCUUCAGGGGAGUCACACUGCACGGCUUCGAGAAGGGACUGGAGCACCUGUUUGUGCCAGAGUGGAGUCGACUGAAGGACCCCCAGGUGUGGCUGGACGCUGCUACGCAGAUCUUCUACUCCUUUGGACUGGCGUUUGGUUGUCUGAUCGCGCUCUCCUCUUACAACCCUGUAAGGAGUAACUUCCUCAAGGAGACGCUCUUCGUUACCAUCUGUGACUUCUUCACCUCCAUCUUCACCGCCACCGUCGUCUUCUCCGUGCUAGGUUUUAAGGCCACGAUGGCCUACGAGCAGUGUUUAGCUGACCACGGCAACCACAGCUCUGCAAUGGGUCCUUACCUGGAGUCAUCGCAGAAUACCACAGAAUGUAACUUUAAGAAAAUCAUUGAAGAGUCAGCCUCAGGGACAGGAUUGGCGUUUAUCGCCUUCACGGACGCCAUCAACCAGUUCCCCGUGGCCCCUCUCUGGGCAGUCUUGUUCUUCCUUAUGCUACUGACCUUAGGUCUAGACUCCAUGUUUGGGACGCUGGAAGGCGCUCUUACAUCUAUCAACGACAUGAUGCUGUUCCCACGCAUAAGGAAGGAGAUCGUUUGUGGGAUCGUGUGCCUCGUCUCCUGUGUGGUCUCGCUCUGUUUCGGGACGACAACUGGGCCCUACGUCUUCUCCCUCUUUGACUCCUUCUCGGCAAACAUCCCGCUCCUCAUCAUCGCCUUCACUGAAUGCAUCGCCGUCUCCUACAUCUACGGAUUAAAACAAUUGAGCGAGGACAUUGAACUGAUGCUUGGUUCACGCCCCAGCUACUUCUUCCUGUUUUGCUGGCGAUUCUUGGCGCCCGCCGCCAUGUUGGUCAUCUUUAUAGCCAGCCUGUUCGCCAUCUUUAGGGACGGAGUAGUGUACGAGGCGUGGGACGCUAAUAAGGGUAUGCCGGUGCUGCUGCCCUGGCCGUGGUGGUGUCAGAUUCUGGCUGUCAUCCUCAUCCUUGCGUCUGUUCUGUGGAUCCCGGGAGUGGCACUAGUCAAAUACUUCGGCUUCGUGGAGGUCAAGGAAGAACCACCGGCGUUCUUCCCAGCAGAGGAGCUCCGAGAAGAAAGAGGAAUACAACCCCACUAUUCUACACCAAUGGAAAAAUACUUGUUCGGCUUUAGGGACUGACCUUCAUUUGCAUCUAUUUGACCUUCAUCUGACUUGGAGCAGACAAUUUUCGAAUAAUGGAAAAAUCUGCAGCGAUGAGGAAACGUGAUCAGAUUUGCGACUGACAUCACCUUUGACCUUCAUUUAACUUGGAGCAGACGAUUUCCGGAUAGCAUGAUAAUAGAAAGUGUUGAUAACCAUGUGCUGCUUUGGGCGUUUGUAGCUGUUAAAGGGGAAUUGUAUGAGUGAAUUAUAAAUGUGUAGCCGUCAUGUUAGUAGAUGAAAGUCACUGGAUUAACUUCAUGGAGUCGGAGAGCUGGAUAGGAUUAUAUGACCGUGCAAAAUUGGUUUUCAGAGUGUUGCGGAUAUCAUUACCCAGUACAAAAGGCCAAUGCGUUCGCCCAUUAUUCACCAAUGCAACAAUCAAAGAUUCGAUUAUAUAUGCAUGUAUAUUUUGAAGUGAAGAUGUGUAACAUCGAAUCUAUUUUCCGAGCUUGUACAGCUACUUCUCGUUGUCUUGUGAGUUAACUACACUACAAGCCCACCGUUGCAGCUUCAGAACACCGGCAUGACUGGUGACGUCACUUCCUGGAGUAGGGAAUGCAGGCUAAUGACGUCACAUCUGAUAGUGAGAGCGUGCUUUGGACGCCAUAGCUCAUAGUGAGUGGGUGAGUGAGUUUGGUUUUACGCCGCUUUUAGCAAUAUUCCAGCAACAUCACGGCGGGGAACACCAGAAAUGGGCUUCGCACAUUGUACCCAUGUCGGGAAUCGAACCCGGGUCUUCGACGUGACGAGUGAACGCUUUAACCACUAGGCUACCCGACCGCCCCCCAAAGCUCAUAGAAUAAUUGCAAGUUAUUGUUGUUUUGUUUCCUAUUUAUUCGAAGAAAAUUAUUCGUGCAUACAGUCCAUUUCAUACUUAUUUCUGAAAUAGGCUCGACUGCUUCGUCGUGAAAUUUCGUCUUUAUUCAGUUUUGGUUUUGAGAACUUUUAUGUAAGAGCCCUUUGAUGUUUGCGUGAUGUUUUAAUGUAGAGCAGCCACAAGGAUACCUGAACAUAAUCAGUGAUUUAAUUGCAUUGUUUCUUGGAAUGGUGUAUAAAUCCUAUAUCAGUAUCGGAAACAUUCAUGUAUACUUGAUGAGAACAAAAGUUUUGGAGACGUGGGAGACUGAUGUUUGUAUAAUUGGGUUAUCCUGUCUACGUGUUAACGGGGCAUAUUUAUUAGUCAUUCGUCUCUUUGUUGAUCAUUUGCUUAAUAAUAAUGUCCAUUUUCAGUUGGUAUUCGAUGGGUGAGUGAGUGAGUACGGUUUUACGCCGCUUUUAGCAAUAUUCCAGCAAUAUCACGGCGGGGGACACCAGAAAUGGGCUUCACACAUUGUACCCAUUUCGGGAAUCGAACCCGGGUCUUCGGCGUGACGAGCGAACGCUUUAACCACUAGGCUACCCGACCGCCUGGUAUUCGAUGAGGCGUUUAGGCGAGCCUGGAGAUAAUGCUGAGGAACAAUGACUGACAAUGGUUUUACGCCGCUUUUGGCAAUAUUCCAGUAACAUCACAGCGGACACCAAUGGGCUUCACACCAUGUGGGGAAUCGAACUCGGGCCUUGGGCGUGACGAGCGAACGCUUCAACCACUACACUACCCAAUGGGAGAAUAAGCUUUACUCUUGUUUAGUAACACAUUAGCCACGGGAAGGGGGUCAAAUGAGCUUAGGGCUUUGUACCCAUGAUUCGAACUCGGUCUCCGGAUAACAUUGUUAUCUCAUGGCUACUCCACCUCCCCUUAUGGGAUAGUAGGGAAUCGAACCCAGAUCUUCUGCGUGACGAACAAACGGUGGACUACCCAGCCUACUAUUAUGAACAAAUGUGUGGAAUCAGAUGCUUGCACUGUCACCAAGACGUAACGAUGAGUGGAUGACGGGAUGUUAAACCUCUGCAGCAAUAUAAUAUAUAUAUCUAUGUGUUAAAUUGUGUCAUAAUUUCAAUUCAAGUUUGGACUGUUAUGAAGUAUAUAUGUUAUUUCUGGCUAUAAAUUAUAUGAUACGUCGAGGUUGUGUAGAGUCAUGUGCCUGCCUGUGAUAGACAACAGGACUGUGAUAUAAUACCACUGAGCGAGUUGGGUUUAACGCCGUUUGGAACAGUAUCUCAGUUAUAUCACGGCGUGUCAGCUUAAUCUGGGAGAAAUUAAGGGGUAUGGUGCUGACAAACAAGGAUCAUGAUCAGGCCGAAUCGUAGAAUUGAAUAGGAUCCUUGCACGCCUAAGGGACGCAAUUCAUAGCGAAUUGCGGUGUCUUUCACGUCUGAGCCGCCGUGCCCGGAUAAUGUGGUAGAAUUGAGUAGCAUAUAGCCAUGAGAAGAACUGAAUAGAAUUGUAUAGAAUUGGGUACAUAUAUAGAUAUUAUUUCCCAGGCCUAUAAUCCUAACACAAUUAUUAUCUUACCGUAUUUGUUUAUGCUUAUCAUCGAUCCCAAUUGCGUGGAUCGAUGCUCAUGAUAUCAAUCACUGGAUUGUCUGGUCCAGAGUCGAUUAUUUACAGACCGACGUCAUACAGCUGGAAUAUUGCUGAGUGCGGCCAACAAACCAACCAAUUUUAUUUAUUUCGCUUUAUUAACAGGUCGGAAAGUGGUGAGAAACACAAAUAUUUUUAUGAUAUUUUAUUCACAUAUCUAACCUAGUCCAACAGGCACAGCAUAGCAGCAUUUCGGUUGAAGGACAAAUGCAGAUGCCUGGCAUACGCUGGCAUCUAUUGUGAACCACUCAUGAUUGAUACUGGCAUCUAUUGUGAACCACUCAUGAUUGAUACUGGCAUCUAUUGUGAACCACUCAUGAUUGAUACUGGCAUCUAUUGUGAACCACUCAUGAUUGACACUGGCAUCUAUUGUGAACCACUCAUGAUUGAUACUGGCAUCUAUUGUGAACCACUCAUGAUUGAUACUGGCAUCUAUUGUGAACCACUCAUGAUUGAUACUGGCAUCUAUUGUGAACCACUCAUGAUUGACACUGGCAUCUAUUGUGAACCACACAUGAUUGAUACUGGCAUCUAUUGUGAACUACUCAUGAUUGAUACUGGCAUCUAUUGUGAACCACUCAUGAUUGAUACUGGCAUCUAUUGUGAACCACACAUGAUUGAUACUGGCAUCUAUUGUGAACCACUCAUAAUUGAUACUGGCAUCUAUUGUGAACCACUCAUGAUUGAUACUGGCAUCUAUUGUGAACCACUCAUGAUUGAUACUUGAACUCAUGCUUUUAACCAUGAAAACAAGGUGCUGAAUAAUGUACGUUCCAUUUGCUUACCAACGUCAUGUCACCAAUACCAUGCCACAGAUAUUACAAUUGUAUCUCGUCAAAGGCACCGUCGUUGGUAUUUGCAUCUUGAAGAAAACAAGAAAUGCAGUACAGAUUAGUUUGAUUUUAGUCAUUUCUGCUUUGAAUUUCAUUUUGGUGAUGGACUCGGUUUCCAAAUCUCAAAUUUAUUUUGUGAUGAUAAAGUAGUUUAGAAUGUUUAUUGGAGAGAGUUUUAACUGUAGAUAAAUGAACCGUUAUAUGACGUUAAACUAUACAAUAAAA